GCACAAGUCAGUUGACAAUCAAGUAACAACAAUGGCAUUCAAGCUCGUCGUCCUUAGCGCUUUGGUCGCUUACGCCAGCGCCGGCCUCAUCAGCGCCCCGGCCACCAUCUCCCACGCCCCCAUCGCCUACGGAGGAUACGGAGGAUACGCCGCCCCCAUCGCCCGUGCCCCAUUGGCCGUAGCCGCCCCCAUCGCCCCCGUAGCCCGUUAUGCCGCUCCCGUCGCCGUCGCUGCCCCCAUCGCCCGUGCCGUAGCCGCCCCCGUCGCCGUCGCCAAGACCGUCGUCGCUGACGAAUACGACCCCAACCCACAGUACUCUUUCGGAUAUGAUGUCCAAGACGGUUUGACCGGAGACUCCAAGAGCCAGAUCGAAUCCCGCUCCGGAGAUGUUGUCCAGGGUAGCUACUCCCUCGUCGACCCUGAUGGUACCAGACGUACCGUCGAAUACACCGCCGACCCCAUCAACGGAUUCAACGCUGUUGUGCACAAGGAACCCCUUGCCGCCCCCGUUGUCGCUAAAGUAGCCGCCCCUGUGGCCUAUGCUGCCCCCGCCAUCGCUAGAGUAGCCGCCCCCAUCGCUAAGGUCCACGCUCCCUUGGCCUACUCCGCCUCCGUCCUCCACUAAGAAGUGACUUGUUCUGUUGUUUAAUUUAUUAUGUUUCGUAUAAUAAAAAAUGAUUUCAAUCGAUGAAAAA